AUUUCAAUCUCAAACUCUCAUCAACUAUGGCGAUCUUGAAUUUCUAUUCUCUAAGAGACUUGCAUGAUUCCGCAAACGAUCUGCUUCGUUCACCGACCCUUAAACGAGCUCUCUCCGACCACCACCAAGACCAGACCUGUGUCCAAAAGGUCUCCGAAUCGUCUUUGAAGAUGUUGGAUUCUUGUGGGAGAACCAAAGACAUACUCUUUCUCGUCAAGGCUCACAUCCAAGAGUUACAGUCCACGUUCCAUCGAAUCACUCUCGGUGAAACCGCUUCCGCUGAGAAGAAGUUUUCGGCUUACCAUCUUCACAGAAAGGAUUUGAAGAAACAAAUGUUAAAGCGUCUAAAAUCACUAAAACUGACCAAGAACACAACCGUGAGCCACGGCUACGAUGCGUUGGCAGACGAUAACCUAAUGGUUGUAGCCAAUGUGUUGGGUGAGGUUAGAGAAACCAUCAUUUCACUUCUGGAGUCGCUCAUGUUACUUAUGUCCAUGCCAAGCCCCAACCCUAACCCUAACCCUAAAAUCAGGAAAUCGAUGAACUGUAACGGGCUUGUUGCGGCUAAGGCGAAGCUUAUGCGGGUGAAUAGCUUGAGCCCGUGGGAGAAGUGUGACGUGCAUGGUUUACGACGAGCGAUUGAGAGAUUGGAGGCUGUCGAGAGUGCUGUGGAAGAUUUGGAGGUGGAAUUGGAGUGUAUCUUCAAGAGGUUGAUAAGAACUAGGGUUUUGUUACUCAACAUACUCUCCAAUUAGAGAGGUGUAUGUGUAUACUCAUAUAGUAUGUAAUCUUUGAGUCCAAAAGUUUGAGACUCUUUCAU